GGAGCGCGACGCGACGCGGGGACUCCCAGGCCUGUGGGAGGGCCCUGCCCAGGACUGGGUGGUGCCAGAACCCCAGUUUAAAAACUCGCGGGGGCCCCGACCCGAGAUCGGGGACCCGGCGGCGGCUCCGCGGGGAAACAGCGAGGCUGGCGCAGCGCCGAGGCCGCGGCCCUGGGGGCCCGCAAUCCGCGCCCCGGAACCCUCGAGUGAGUCGGAGUGAGCGCGGCCACUGCCCGACACAGACAGUGAAGAAGCUCCUGGAAGAACAGAGGCGCCGCCAGCAGCAGCCUGACGCCGGUGGGGCGCAGGGACAGUUCCCGUCUCCGCUGUCGCAGCCCCUGACCCCAUCUGUGUGUGAGGCUGAGGCUGGCCAUCCUCACUUCCCAGCACCCCAGGAGGCUGUGGGCUCUGGACCUGGCAGCUCGGCCCCCUCUAUGGGCUUUCCAGACUGGGACCCCAACACGCAUGCCGUCUACACAGACAGUUUCUACUCCUACCCCGCUUCUGCUGCUGAAAGUUUCCUGAUUCCUGACUUCUACCCACCCUCGAACCCAGGGCAGCAGUGCCCGUUACCCCUGGGGAUGGAGGCAGGAUCCUGGAGAGUUUCUGGGCUCCCCCCAGGACCCCCACAGUUGCCCACUGUGGUCACUGGGCCAUCCCUGGAAGCAGCCCGAGCUCACAUGCUGGCUUUGGGGCCACAACAGCUGCUGGCCCAGGAUGAGGAGGGGGACACGCUCCUGCACCUGUUUGCGGCUCGGGGGCUGCGCUGGGCAGCAUACGCUGCGGCUGAGGUGCUCCAGGUGUACCAACAUCUGGACAUUCGUGAGCACAAGGGCAAGACCCCUCUCCUGGUGGCUGCUGCUGCCAAUCAGCCCCUGAUAGUGGAGGAUCUGCUGAGCUUGGGAGCAGAGCCCAAUGCCACCGACCAUCAGGGACGUUCUGUCUUGCAUGUGGCCGCCACCUAUGGGCUUCCGGGAGUCCUCUCGGCUGUGUUUAACUCAAGGGUUCAGGUUGACCUUGAAGCCAGAGACUUCGAGGGCCUCACCCCGCUCCACACAGCCAUCCUGGCUCUCAACGUCGCUAUGCGCCCACCCGACCUCUGUCCCCGGAUGCUGAGUGCCCAAGCCCAAGAGAGGCUGGCUUGUGUCCAGAUGUUGCUGUACAUGGGUGCUGAUCACACCAGCCAGGAGAUCAAGAGCAACAAGACGGUUCUGCACUUGGCCGUGCAGGCUGCCAACCCCACCCUGGUCCAGCUGCUGCUGGAGCUGCCGCGGGGAGACCUGCGGGCCUUCGUCAACAUGAAGGCCCACGGGAACACAGCCCUCCACAUGGCGGCCGCCCUGCCCCCUGGGCCAGCCCAGGAGGCCAUCGUGCGGCGCCUGUUGGCAGCUGGGGCGGACCCGACGCUGCGCAACCUGGAGAACGAGCAGCCCAUCCACCUGCUGCGGCCCGGGCCGGGCCCUGAGGGGCUCCGGCAGCUGUUGAAGAGGAGCCGUGUGGCGCCCCCAGGCCUGUCCUCUUAGGACUCAAACCCAGAACCUGGACUGAUUUUCCAGUCCCCACCGUCCUGUGGGACAGCCAGCGUAUGCUAAUGUGCAAAUCCAUGAUAAUGUAUGUGGAAUAUCCCGCCAUUAGGGUCUUACAUUAAAACCCCAAAAUGGCUGCUGGGGGGUGAACAGUCCCCAAUAUUUGGGAUGCUGACACCCCUCCCCCACCCACAAGGAGCCCUCUUGAUGAUUUCUGUGAAAUCGAGGCCCCUUGAUUGUUUCUGUGAAACACCUGGGCCCCUAACCCUGUCCUCACUGAGACCUUUUGGGGUUCUCUCCCCUAACUCAGCUCUUCAUGCCCAAAAACCCAGAUGUAAUCCCCCUACGUGGUACUUGGAGCUCCUAAGAUAGCUCCCGACCCUCCCCAGCUCCCACGCCCCUGGAGUC